GUUUCAAGAUUCUCGAGCGAAUGGGGAGAGAUAUUUCCCUGUUUUCUUCUCCCAAAGAAACUAUAAAUUCUUUCCGUGUUCCUAUUACAGAUUCCUCAAUCCAGAUUCCAAAAGGAUUUCCACUUUUCUCCCCCGAAUCUGUAAAUUUCUUCGGCGUUCUUACAUUUCCCCCCAAUUUCUCUUGCAGAUUCUGAGUAGGAUUGAGAAAAUCGGAGCAGUUGAAUCCAAUAAUGGCAGCUUGUUUUAGUUUCUCAUACACCUUGAACUCGUAUUUCCGGCGCUCCUUUUCUAUGGCAGGCCUCAAAUCCAUCACCACUGAUCUACGCGAAGGAACGAUCAUCCACUGUUGGGCGCCCAAAUUCAGAAGAGAUACGAAACCAAAUUUGCUUCUUAUCCAUGGAUUUGGAGCCAACGCAAUGUGGCAAUGGAACAAGUUCAUAUCGCCAAUGAUUCGGUUCUUCAAUGUCUACGUUCCUGACCUAAUUUUCUUCGGCAAUUCGUACACAACUCGCCCUGAGAGGACCGAGUCCUUUCAAGCUCUCUGUAUGAUGCGAUUAAUGGAUUCGCUCGAUGUUCAGACGGUGAAUGUCGUUGGAAUUAGCUACGGUGGCUUCGUAGCAUACAGUAUGGCGGCUCAAUUUCCAGAGCGAUUGGAGAAAUUGGUGCUCUGUUGUGCCGGCGUUUGCUUGGAAGAGAAAGAUAUGGCGGACGGGAUGUUCGUCGUGAAAAACAUCGAUGAGGCCGCAGAUAUUUUACUGCCUCAAACGCCGGCGAGGCUCAAGGAACUCAUCCGCCUCACCUUCGUCAAGCCUGCUCGAUUUUUGCCUACUUUCAUUAUCAACGAUUUCAUCAAUGUGAUGUGCAAAGAGUACCAGCAAGAGAAAGAAGAGUUGAUCAAACAAUUACUCAAGGAUCGGACCUUAUCUAAUCUUCCCAAGAUCGAUAAGACUACAUUGAUAUUAUGGGGAGACCAAGACCAAGUAUUUCCUUUGGAGUUAGCCAAUAGAUUAAAAAGGCACGUGGGUGAAAAGGCUGAAUUAGUGGUUAUAAAGAAAGCAGGGCAUGCGUUCAUUGCAGAGAAGCCAAGAAAAAUGUACAAACACAUCAAGGCUUUUCUCACCACCAACCCCACCCUUUCCCCUUCAACAAACCCACCUUUUUGUAGCGUUUUAUUGCUUGCAAAUCAAUCUAAAUGA